CUGAAAAUUAAAAAUUAAUUUAUUAAUAUAAAAAAUGUCGAGUGAUUCCGAUGAUGAUGUCCAAAUGAAACAAUUCUUGGAGGCUGCGGAUACUACAUUAUUAAAUAAUUCUAUGUUUCAAUAUAAAGAAAAUGAAAUUGUUGAAGAUAAAGGAAUAGCUGCUGAAAAUGCAGUAGAAGCUCUAAAAAAAGAUUUGCCCAAAUCCCAACGUUAUAUCGACGAAGAUAAUGUUAAUUCUGUAACUGAUUUUAAUUUACCUGAAUCCAUGCAAAAGCAUUUGGCAAAAAAGUUAACAGAAAUUUUAAAACAACAUUAUGAAUUUUCCGAAGCUAACGUCAGUGAAACCCCUCCAAAGAUAAAAACCAAAUCCAAAAAUCAUGUAAAGUUGCUAAAAGGUGAUGAGUGUUGUGUCAAACCAUAUGAAGAUUUUGAAUAUGAAACUAGAGGGCCGGAAAAGAAGCCUGUCAUCAAAAGAAGGAUUGUUGAUAAUAAAGCCGACCAUAAUAUGAGAAGAGAAGAUAUAUUUAAAUUAGUUGCACUUGAUGGAAACUAUAUUUUAACGGGUGCAGAAGUAAAAUCAUGGGCUAAGAAAAAAGAACGCAAGGAUAAAGUGUUUCACUAUAAACUGGCUAGCAGUGGUGUUUGUCACGCUAAAGAUGAGAUUAAUGAAUUCACCGAAUUAAGGCUCAAAAAUAAAUGGAAUGAAAAUAAAAUAAAAAAAUUUAAAAUUAUCUAAACGAUAAAGACUCGCCUAUUAUUUUUGUACUACUUACCAUAAAAUUAUGUUGUAAACUUCUUAAUAAAAUUAAAAGUAGCUAAAAUAGCAAA